AUGCGAUCUCUUUGGACCGAUUUAAGUCUUGUAUCGGAAGAAAAAAUGGUUCGCAAUUUCAAGAGCUGUCUGCCUCAAGCGGAUAAGUCAAGUGUGAAGGGUAGGCUUGAAAUUGCAUCUGCUGGUUCAACGUUUUUCAUCAAAUGUUAUCGCCUUCGCGAGAUCUCGCGUCGAGACAAGUUCGUUGCCAUGGCCAGACAGGUCGCGCCCUCUAGUCUCCGACCAAGUGGUUCGGGGGCUAAGGUGCCUCGGGUGGACGAAGGUGUCCCCGAUUGGCGUCCAUCCGAGACUGUGGACGGCACUACUCCGAGAGGAGAGUAUAGCUGA